AGAUUAUCGGAACGGAAGAGCUGCAGCUGUAAUCAUAGCAGAAGAUGUCACUGCCGGUUUUAAGUUAACUGAAAGACCCUGCAGUCAUCAUCUUUUGGGUGUGAGGGGUCCAUCUGUCAUUGUGGCUGCUGCCCUAGAGAAUUCCUGGAAAUCCCUGACAUGCUUUUGGUGAAGACAGCUCACAGCGUCUUGUUGCGAAUUCUCCUCUUCCCAGCAGGAUCUUCUGGGCAGCCUCGUCCCAACGCCUCCGAGGUUCUAACCCAGCACCUCCUCCAGCGGAACUUGCCUCACUGGACUUCUUUUUGUGUGAAAUACAGCACCGUUCAUAAUGACCAGUUUGCUUUAUCCAACUUUAACUGGGAAGUGAACGGCACAAAUUACCAUGUCCUCAGAACUGGCUGUUUCCCUUUUAUCAAAUAUCACUGCUCCCGUGCUGCCCCCCAGGACCUGCAUUUCUACAACCACUUCUUUACCACGCUGAAAGCCAUAAAUCUAGGGAUCCCUACCCUUAUGUAUGGCCUGGGAUCGUGGCUUUUUGCCCGAGUUACUGAGACUGUUACUACCAGCUGUGGACCAGUGACCAUCUACUUCCUGAUCAAGGAGGACGAAGGAGCGAUGUUUUGAGCCACAGAUAUAAAACUUCUGAUAACUCUCCCUUAUGUUCCUGUAUCCUGCUUUUCAUCUUAACCUAAUUGCUCUCUUUUCUAUCUUCCUAUUUCUUUGUCUCUGUCUUCUUACCCUUUCUGUAUCUUCUCGUAUUUAGGAAUAUUGAAUGAAGAGCAAUUGUGAAUUUGGUGCAGAACAGCGAUACUGUAUUAUUAAUGUAAGAAUGAGAAAUUCUGGUUAUUCUUUAUUUUUUGCAGCAAAAUUGCACUGAUUAAAUGCUAAUUAAAUCCACUCAACUGGGACAAUGUUGAUUUAGUUGUAUUUUUAUUAAUUACCAUACUUGAUAAAAAGGAAAAUGAUUUUGCGUACCGAUGCAUUAUUUUAUCUCCUUAAAUUAUUCAUAGAGCUGCACACGAUGAAUAUGAUUUAAGCUUACCUAUUGCAUAUAUACUCGGCCAGCAGCCACCCUGAGGGCUAAAGCAGUAUUUAGCCUAGCAAUUCACUAGUCUUGAGAUCAUGAAUUAUGACCCUUCCUUGCCGAUUGCGUCUUUUACUGGGUCCGUGCCAGUUCCAGACUGUAAAGUUGUGCAUUCCAUCGGACUUUAAUAAAAUGGUUUUUAAUUA